GUUUGGAGCAAGUCGUGGAGGUCCUCUUCCUCCAAAGAAAUUUGGUAAUCCUGGGGAACGUUUGCGUAAGAAAAAAUGGGAUUUAAAUGAACUGCCCAAGUUUGAGAAGAAUUUUUACGUGGAACAUCCAGAAGUGGCCAGGCUUACUCCGUACGAAGUGGAAGAGUUGCGAAGGAAAAAGGAGAUAACGAUUCGAGGGAUGGAGGGCUGCCCCAAGCCUGUGUUUGCCUUCCACCAGUGCAGCUUUCCACAGUAUGUGAUGGAUGCCUUGAUGGACCAGAACUUCACAGAACCCACUCCAAUUCAGUGCCAAGGCUUUCCUCUGGCUCUCAGCGGCCGUGACAUGGUGGGCAUUGCACAGACUGGCUCUGGGAAGACCCUAGCAUACUUGUUGCCUGCAAUUGUUCACAUCAACCACCAGCCAUAUUUGGAGAGAGGGGAUGGCCCAAUUUGCCUGGUUCUAGCACCAACCAGAGAGUUGGCCCAGCAAGUGCAGCAAGUGGCUGAUGACUAUGGCAAGUGUUCAAGACUGAAGAGUACCUGCAUCUAUGGAGGAGCACCCAAAGGUCCCCAGAUCAGAGAUCUAGAAAGAGGUGUGGAGAUCUGCAUUGCUACCCCAGGUCGCCUGAUCGACUUCCUGGAGGCAGGAAAGACCAACCUUCGUCGGUGCACCUACCUGGUGCUGGAUGAAGCAGACAGGAUGUUGGACAUGGGCUUUGAACCACAGAUCCGUAAAAUCGUUGACCAGAUAAGGCCUGACAGACAGACCCUGAUGUGGAGUGCCACCUGGCCCAAAGAAGUGCGCCAGCUUGCCGAGGACUUCCUGCAGGACUAUGUCCAGAUCAACGUGGGGAACUUGGAGCUGAGUGCCAACCACAACAUCCUGCAGAUAGUGGACGUGUGCAUGGAAAGCGAGAAGGACCAUAAACUGAUACAACUGAUGGAAGAAAUCAUGGCAGAGAAGGAAAACAAGACCAUCAUCUUUGUGGAGACAAAGAGGCGCUGUGAUGAUCUCACUCGAAGGAUGCGCAGAGAUGGUUGGCCAGCUAUGUGUAUCCAUGGAGACAAGAGUCAGCCAGAAAGAGAUUGGGUGCUUAAUGAGUUUCGUUCUGGAAAGGCUCCUAUCCUCAUUGCUACCGACGUUGCAUCUCGUGGGCUAGACGUGGAAGAUGUUAAAUUUGUGAUAAACUACGACUACCCGAACAGUUCCGAAGAUUACGUGCACCGCAUUGGCCGCACCGCACGUAGCACCAACAAAGGCACUGCCUACACCUUCUUCACGCCAGGGAACCUGAAACAAGCCAGGGAGCUUAUCAAAGUCUUGGAAGAAGCCAAUCAAGCCAUCAAUCCAAAGCUGAUGCAGCUUGUGGACCACAGAGGAGGCGGAGGUGGUGGUGGAGGAGGUCGCUCUCGUUACCGAACGAGCAGUUCAGUAAACAACCCUAACCUGAUGUACCAGGAGGAGUGUGACAGGAGGCUCCGGGGAGUCAAAGAGGGCCGCAGAGACUCGGGUGGCUUCAGAGACCGUGAGCGUGGUGACAGUUUUGCCAACGGAGCCAACAAGACCUAUGGCAGUGCCUACGGGAGCCCAAAUUCCGCUUUUGGGGCAGCACAGAGCCAGUAUGGUUACACUCAAGGGAGCUAUGGAGCAGCUGCCUAUGGCACGAGUGGCUAUGGCACUGCAGAGUACAGUGCUAGUGGCUAUGGUGCCAGCACCACAGCUGCCACGGCUGGGAGAACCUCACAGAGCACUACCCAACAGCAGUAUGCAGGGAUGGUGGGGCGCUCGGGCCAGCAG